CACAUAUCUCUCUCUCUCUCUCUCUCCCUUCGCACUACAAAGCCUCACAGCUCACUACAUCGUUCCCUCCAAACCCUUGCUCUAGUUUCCUAGAGUGAGAAAAAAGAAAAAAACAACAAUGGCCGACAAGGAAAACAGCGUGCGGGUCACGCGCUCAGGGAGGAAGAGGGCGGCGCCGGAGCCUCCCCAUCCCGCCACCAUGAAGAGGGUGGCGUUGGGUGAGAUUCCGAACAGGUCGAAUAUUCCGGCGACGAGGGAUCUGGGUUCCGAGCCGCAGCCGAAGCCGAAAAGAAAUGUGAAGAAGAAGGGGAGGAAGGAGGUGACUAGUACGAAUGUUGAGGCGAAGAAAUUGGAAGAUCCCCAAAUGAGUGAGCCUUUUGAGUCUGAGAUGUAUGAGUAUCUUCAUAAUAUGGAGAUGGAGGUCAAGAGGAGACCAUUACCAGAUUACUUUGUGAAGGUCCAGAAAGAUGUUACCCCUACAAUGAGAGGGAUUUUGGUGGAUUGGUUAGUGGAAGUUGCAGAGGAGUACAAGCUUCUCUCUGAUACUCUCUAUCUAUCCAUAUCUUACAUUGAUAGAUUUUUGUCCGUGAAUUCUCUCGACCGGCAGAAGCUUCAGUUGCUAGGGGUUUCUUCGAUGCUCAUUGCAUCAAAGUAUGAGGAGAUUAGUCCUCCAAAAGUGGGAGAUUUCUGCUACAUAACAAACAACACAUAUACAAAGAAAGAGGUGGUAAAAAUGGAAGCUGAUAUACUUGGGUAUCUAAAGUUCGAAAUCGGCAGUGCCACAAUUAAGACAUUUCUCAGAAUACUCAUAAAAAUUGCUCAAGAAAGUUACAAAACUCCCAACUUGAAGUUGGAGUUCUUGUGCUAUUACCUAUCAGAGUUGAGUUUGUUGGACUAUGGCUGUGUGAAAUACUUACCAUCUUUGGUGGCUGCAUCCGUCAUAUUUCUUUCGAGAUUCACAAUCCAAUCAAAGUUACAUCCUUGGACUUCAUCCCUGCAGCAUUUUUCUGGAUACAAACCGGCAGACUUGAAGGAAUGCAUUCUUAGUAUACAUGAUUUGCAAUUAAGCAAAAGGGCAAGUUCUUUGGUGGCAGUAAGAGAGAAAUACAAGCAACAUCAGUUCAAAUGUGUGUCCAAAUUGUCUUCUCCUCCGGAGAUACCAAAUUCUUAUUUCGAAGAUGUUAAAGAAUCAUAGUUGGAGUUAGAUAUUGAGAAGAUGAAGAGAAGAUUAUGCAUGUGGAUAAAGCUUGAGAAUGAUCUUACAGCAGAAAAUUGCCUCAUGUUCCAUCGGUAAAUCCAGCUUCAAAGAAGGGAAAAUAGUUUCCUCGUAGGAAUUCUUAUACCAGAAGGUUAGCUUGUUCACCUGGUCUAUCCUAUUAGGUUGUUUUGAGUUUUGUUGUGAUCAAAAUGUGCUGGAAGCCAUAUUUCUCCAUGGCAAGUUUUGUGUGUUACAUUAGGCUAGUAAGUACGGAUUAUGUUGAUGUACAUAGCUAGUAGAAGAAUUUUGAAGUAUGCCCUUUCGGUAUUUUGCGUUUCAAUUUACGCUUUUGAACCGGCAGUCAUCAUCCGGUGGUAGAAUGGAACUGAUCUUGAGUGCAAUCAUGAUUCAACAUAAAUAUCCUACCUAGUUAAUGGUUACCUGGUCGUUUGUAUUGAGCUCUGC